AUGUGCCCUAACAAGGAUGAGAACAAUUUUGUAGUAAAUGACAUUGAGAAUCAAUUUGAUAUUGAAAGUAAUGAGAAUGAGAAAACUUCAAGUAAUGUGAAUGAAAACGAAGAAUUGAAUCAAACUGUUAAUGAGAACGAGAAAAGUUCAAGUGAUGUGAAUGAAAAUGAAGAACUGAGUCAAACAGUGAGUGAGAAUGAGAAUGAGAAAACUUCAAGUGGUGUAUUCAACUUUCCUUUUGAUAUUGAUGAUCCAGAAAAUUGGGAUAAGAUUGGUCAUAUUAAUAUGACAAAUUUUAUAAUUGAAAGAGGUCCAAAAAGAGUCAUUAAGGACGAGUUUACUGGGGAUGCUUUCGGUAAGAAUUUUUCUUCGUGGCAUUAUAUAAGAGAAUUACCAAAUGGAGAGAAACAAGAUAGGAAGUGGUUGAUUUAUUCAGUUUCUUUAGAUAAAGUAUUUUGUUUUUGGUGUAAAUUGUUUGCAACAAAGAAGCAUCUUGUGGGUUUUUUAGCUGAGGGAGGUUUUAAUGACUGGCAUAAUAUUUCUGAUCGAUUAAAAAGUCAUGAACGAAGUACACAACAUAUUGAGUCAAUUGCUAGUUGGGUGGAAUUAGAAAAACAACUGAAAAUGAAGUUAACAAUUGAUGCAAGUUUAGAAGAACAAAUUAAUCAAGAAAAAAAACAUUGGAAACAAGUGUUAGAGAGAAUUUUUGCUAUUGUAAAAAGAUUUGGGCAAAAUAAUUUGGCAUUUCGAGGAGAUCGUGAAAAACUAUAUGAGAAAAACAAUGGGAAUUUCUUACAAAUUAUAAAAUUACUUGCUGAAUUUGAUUUAACUAUGCAAGAACAUGCUCGUCGUAUUUUGAGAGGUGAGACUCAUUAUCAUUAUUUGAGUCACAAGAUUCAAAAUGAAAUGAUACAACUACUGGCAACUGAGGUGAAAAGCUCGAUAAUUAGUAGAAUUAAAGAAGCAAAAUAUUUUUUAGUUAUACUAGAUUGUACUCCAGAUGCAAGUAAUGAUGAACAAAUGUCUCUUGUUUUAAGAUGUGUGAAUGUUUCAGAAAGUCCAAUAUUUGUUGAUGAGUUUUUUCUAGGAUUCAUAAAAGUUCAUGACACAUCAGGGCUUGGUUUGCUUAAUGAACUUUUAAAUGCGUUGAAUAUUCUUGGAUUUUAUGUUGAUAGUAUAAGAGGACAAGAAUAUGACAAUGGAUCUAAUAUGAGAGGAAAGAAUAAAGGUGUACAAACUAGGCUACUUGAAAUGAAUCCUAGAGCAUUUUACACUCCUUAA